AUGCGACACAGAGAAGCCCGAUGGAGACGACGUCGACGACGAGCACAACGACGACAAGAACAGAGAACAGACCACCCACAUCAACAGUUGGCACACCAGAUUCGACGACGACAAAUGGCGAAUCAACAAUUUCAGCAACAAGAAUAUCAUCGAAAUCGUUGUUCCGAUGAACGAGAGCGACAAGAACAUCAAGAUCGAGACCUUUCGGACGACGUGCAAAGUCCAUCACCGACCGUCGACGAACUCUUCGAAGAGGUGAUCGAUGAACGAUUGCUGGAAUUGUUUGAUUGGGACACCAUCUUUUUAAAUGACCAACGAGACCAAGACCAGUUGAUUGAACUGGAGGAUAUUGCAGCUAUGGAACAGCCAGCCUUAGUACAACAGGACGUGGAACUAUCACAACAUAACAAGCCGACGACACAAUCGCUUGAUUCAAUGUUACACCAAUUACACCAAAUUCAACAACAUGGAGAUAUCGAGCAGCCACAAGUGAUGGAAACCCAACAACAAUACCCUGAAAACACACCAUAA